GAUUUGAUACCGAAUUACAAAGGUGCAUGUCCGUUGGUAAGAAGACUCUCGGGAUCCUUCGACCUUUGCAAAGCGCUUUCUGAAGAUGGGAGUUUACCGAAGUAUAAAUGGAGGUGAAAGCGUAAAUGAAAGGUCAUGUAGAUUACUUUGAAACACACGCCAACAAAAUUGAUCAUGGACGGUUAUCCUUCGGCUUCAAGUUCGCAUACCUCGUCCCGUCCUGUCACUCCUAGCUCGGAUCAGAACAUACCAUAUAGCAACCCAGGUUCACGCGCUGUUUCUCCCCCCUUUUUUGACCAGUACGUCUAUUCCAACCAAGCCACCGAUUUUGGUGCCUCGGACAUGGAAUCUAUUAUGUCGAACGUAUCCUCCACCGAUCCCCUGAUGGAAGCGCAGAUUUUGGAGGCUAUGAGUAAUGGCACUUUAUUUUCCAACAGUAAUCUUGGAUUGGAAGGAUUUGAUGUCGCCUUUCCAUUUUUGUCGGUAACCGAUGCUGGCUCCCCUUCCAGACAACUCGCAAGCCAGAUGUCGUCUCCUUCCGUGGGUCCUCUUGAUAUACAACAACCUUUCGGAUACCCUGCGGAGGAUGUCACAAACUGGAUGCUGGGAGAACAAAAUCAGAAUCCUUCUGCCUCAGGAAUAGCAGGAGGUUCCCCUUUAUCGCCGACACUAAUUGUUACCGAUGUAGAUCAGGCGCAGCAAUCGGCAAUCUCUCCUUUUACAAGUCGUCGGUCGCGAAACCAAUCUUUUUCUAGCGUUCUGGAGUUGCCACUCGAUCUCCAGUACAGCACACAGCGGGAUUCUCAAAUAUAUCAACAAUCGUGGCAGGAAGUCACUGAUCGAGAUACGACAAUCCGAGAAUUAAGAUCGACAGAGGAAGCGCAACGAUCUAGAAUACAAUCUUUGGAAGAGGAUUCUAAAGCCAAGACUGCGCAAUUGGCUGUAAUGCAAGCAGUCAUUGUAGACCUUUGGAUGAAGCUACAAGAGCGUGAUGUUUAGAUACAAGUAUUCUAGGGGAAAAUAUCAUUUUUACGGCUUGUACCUUUCAUUGAGACUUGAGACACCCUUUUUAUAGAAUACUAUCCGUAUAUGUUAAUAAUU